AUGGCUGACAUCACUCACAGGUCUAGACGAGAGUCAGCCCGCACGAGAACGAAGAAAAAGAAGAAGAAAGGGGGAGAAGACGAUCGCUUUGGCCUGAUGAAGGAGCAGCACACAAAACAAGAGAAGAAAAAGAAAAAGAAAAAGAAAAAGGAGAAGAAGGAGAAGAAGAUACAUCUUCUGCAGACUCAGGGGCAGCCGGCGUUACUAAUAGUCUCUGUGCCUCUUCCUUACCCAGAAGGGCAAGAAGAGCAGCAGGAGCAACAGCCGACGCCGCAGCAACAACUGCGGACGCAGAACGUAAGCCACCACCCCUUCUACAGAGUUCCUCUUGUAGCCAGUGAUGCCAUCCUUACUCGGCAAUUUAAGCAGAGGAAGUGGUUGUUAUCAUCCCGUCGGACCCUAAGCGACACGGGUGCUCUCAUAGAUAUUAAAAAUAUCUUGAAGAAGCCAGUAUUAAACUCGUUCGACCUCCAUCACCUACUGGAGUCUCUUGAGCAGCUAGCCGAGCAUACAGUGCAUCGGAAGAAGGAGGUCAUCAACCAUCUAAGCCCUAAGUAUGUUGUAGAGAAGCUCGCCAUAGCUCUGCUAAUAACGGAUGCAAUGUUUGUUGUAGCCAAAGUAUUGGGAGAGAAAGCAAAGAAGGACGAAUGGUGGGAAAAAGCAUUAGAAACUCUUCCGGUGUAUACACACCCCUCUCACUCUGCUGCUGUCCGCAGCACAGCAGAACAAAAUGUGCUGUUAGCCAGGCUGCUGCAGAAUGGACUUGAAUUCUAUAGAAGAGGGUUCAGACCGCCUGCAGCUUAUCUCGUUCCUCUUAAACAAAUCAUUCUAUGUACACCGGCGGUGCCGACUCUGCGGAGAGGACCAUGGGCGCAUUUCCGGGCGGAUGACGAGGAGUGGCAGCAGCAGCAGCUGCUGCUUCUGCACCUGCAGCAGGAGAUGCUGGAGCUGCACCAGCAGGUGCAGCCGCAGCCGCUCCAAGGGCAACAGCAGGAGGACCAGCAGAUGCAGCAGGAAGAGCAGCAGCAACAGCAACAGCAGCAGGAGGAGGAGCAGCAAGAGCAGUACCAGCAGGAAGAGCAGCAGCAGGAAGAGCAGCAGGAAGAGCAGCAGGAAGAGCAGCAGUAG